AUGUCAUCCCUUAUCAAUCCUACCAUGAGGUCAUGUGCCUCUCUCCUAUCCCGGGUGUCCGUGUCCUCCCAUCGGCCGGCCAUCCGGACGAUCGGCAGCUCCGUACGGCCCCUCAUCCUCGGAGGUGUGGCGCAGUCCCGGUACAGCUCACAUUCUCCCAUGGGUGCCGCUCCUGCUACACAGCGCAAGAAGGUCACUGUCGGAACUCUUCGUUCUAUGCACCGCAAGGGUGAUCCCAUUACUGUCAUGACAGCUCAUGACUUCCCUAGUGGUCAUGUUGCUGAUCAUGCAGGCAUGGACAUCAUCCUUGUAGGUGACAGUCUUGCUAUGGUUGCGCUUGGUAUGGAAGAUACAAGUGAGGUUGUCAUGGAGGAAAUGCUUCUGCAUUGUCGUUCUGUCGCCCGAGCCACCAAGUCGGCUUUCACUGUCGGUGACCUACCCAUGGGAACCUAUGAAAUCAGCCCUGACCAGGCUCUUGCGACUGCCAUCCGUUUUAUCAAGGAAGGUCGUGUCCAGGGCGUCAAACUUGAGGGUGGAAAGGAGAUGGCUCCCACCAUCAAGAAGAUCACCACUGCUGGUAUUCCUGUUCUUGGCCAUAUUGGUUUGACCCCUCAGCGACAAAACGCUCUCGGUGGCUUCCGUGUCCAAGGCAAGACAAGUAGUGGUGCCAUGAGUAUUCUCGAAGAUGCUCUUGCCCUCCAAGAAGCUGGCUGCUUUGCCAUGGUUGUUGAGGCUGUCCCUGCUGAGGUUGCUGCUCUCAUCACCGAGAAGCUGUCCGUUCCUACUAUUGGUAUUGGCGCUGGCAACGGUACAUCUGGUCAAGUCCUUGUGCAAGUCGACAUGACUGGAAACUUCCCUCCCGGAAGAUUCCUUCCCAAGUUUGUCAAGAAGUACGGCAAUGUCUGGGGUGAGAGCUUGAGGGCUAUCGAGGCAUACCGAGACGACGUCAAGUCCCGUCAGUACCCCGGCCCUGAGCACACAUACCCAAUUUCAGCGGAGGAGCUCGAGAGUUUUACCAAGGCGGUUAAGGAUUCGUAA